AUGAUCAACAGCUCCGUGUUGUGUCAGAUUCCUGAACGUAUUGCUGGGGAAUGGUUGGUCGCUCUCACCAUCAUCGGUGCGAUUGUCAGCGUUGUUAGUGUGGUCGGUAACGGCAUCAUCAUCGCCGCCUUCGUCGCAAUACGUCAUCUGCGUAAACCAUGCAACCUUCUUCUCACCAACCUCGCCCUAAGUGACUUACUCUACGGUCUUGUAGGGUUCCCAAUGUACAUAGUCACUGAUUACUUCAACAAUCUGUUCUGCGACUGGAUGUUCCGACAUGUUAGAUUAUUCAUCAUCUACUUCUGCAUCAAUAUGCAACUAAAUAAUAUUUCUAUCAUAGCCAUUGAAAGAUUUGUAGGUAUACAAUUCCCGUUCAUCUAUGAAUCGCAUGUUACCACGAAGAAAACGUUUCUUGCGACGGCAAUUACUUGGGUGUUUGGGAUUUCGCGGGCUGUGUUCGUAGCUUCGUCGUAUGAGGAGGACAUUCACCUGGUCCUCAUGGUGGAGCUGCCAGUCCUCAUCUGUCUCGUCGUCCUUACGUUCCUGGUGUACCUGCGUGUUUACAUUGUCAGCAGGAGACAUCUGAAGCGCGACCGGCAGUUCGGGAUCUCCAAGCAGGAGAGCAAGUCCUUGGUUGCAGUGCAUAUUGCGGUGUGUAACGUCAUAUCGUGGAUGCCGGUUGUCGUUGUCCGGUUUAUUGAUGCCGUGAUUGUGGAAACACACUACUGGAAACAGGCGACCUUCCUUUCACCGUUUGUUGGCACAUGCUUGAACUUGUUCAUCUACACCUACAGAAUGAGGAAUACAAAGAAGCGGUAA